GGUACGGCAGUUCUGGCUCUGGUUCAGGAUCCUCUUUGGCACCUUGUGCACAGUGUGGAAGAGGACAUUCAGGACCUUGUUUGAUGGGUUCAGGAGUAUGUUUCAGGUGUGGCCAACCAGGUCACUUUGCUAGGGAAUGCCCCGUGUUCAGCGAGCCACAGAUGGGGUCACAGGGUUCUGUUGCAAAUGUUCCUCGCCAGUUGUAUCCGGGUACUUCCAACAUGGCAGGCAGUCAGUUCAGUGGCCAACAGGGCCGAGGACAAGGGGGACGUGGAUUUGGAGGCAGAUCAGGAGGUAGAAGCCAGUAUCAGGGUUCUGCCACUCAGGGUAGGGGUCAAGCUCGGGUUUUCACCCUGACCCACCAGGAUGCUCAGGCUUCCAAUGCAGUUGUGGCAGGUGAGCCGGGACAGCCUUCUUCCUCCGCUCAGCCGCCACAGUGAUUGUCGUCAAGUCUG